AUGAUAGAAAGUGACAUCUCAUCUAUGAUGUCAGGAAUUCUGCAAAACUCAGGGCAAAGUCAUCACCCCUCUCCACAGGAGUACAGGCUCCUGGCCACCACCACCGGUGAGGACGACCUUCCCGGGGACCUGCAGUCGCUGUCAUGGCUCACAGCUGUGGACGUGCCGCGGCUGCAGCAGAUGGCGAGUGGCCGCGUGGACCUGGGUGGCCCCAGUGCACCCCACCCACAUCCAGGUGCCUUGGCCAGGGCAGCCAGCCUGCAUGUGGGAGCCACCCCAGGUCCACUGCUCCACGGCCCGGCUGGCAUGAUCCCCCCAGGCAUGCUAGGCCUGGGCCCCGUAGCCAAUCACGGAGCCAACAUGAACCAGAUCCCUGUGGGGGGCCAGCCCUCUUCCAGCCUGCAGGACCAGCCACAGCUGUACUCGCCCGCCUCCCAAACGCAGUUAUCGCUGCCCCCAGGCACCCAGCAGCGCCCCCCUAUGGGCCUGUACGGCUCCCCGUUUGGAGCACGGCCUCCCUACCCCCAGCCCCGCAUGGCUGUGCAUUCGUCUCGGGAACUGCACCCCAAGCACUACCCCAAGCCCAUCUACUCAUACAGCUGUCUGAUUGCCAUGGCCUUGAAGAACAGUAAGACAGGCAGCCUGCCUGUGAGCGAGAUCUACACCUUCAUGAAGGAGCAUUUUCCCUACUUCAAGACGGCUCCCGACGGCUGGAAGAACUCGGUGCGGCACAACCUGUCCCUGAACAAGUGCUUUGAGAAGGUGGAGAACAAGAUGAGUGGCUCCUCGAGGAAGGGCUGCCUGUGGGCCCUGAACCUGGCCCGCAUCGACAAGAUGGAGGAGGAGAUGUACAAGUGGAAGAGGAAGGACCUUGCCGCCAUCCACCGGAGCAUGGCCAACCCCGAGGAGCUGGACAAGCUGAUCUCGGACCGACCGGAGAGCUGCAGACGCCCUGGCAAACUGGGAGACCCCGAGGGCCCCGUGCUGACUCAUGCCACCACGGUGGCCAUGGCCCAUGGACGCCUGGCUGUCUCCCAGCUUCCGCCCCAGCCACUGAUGACCCUGUCCCUGCAGUCCGGCCCCCUGCACCACCAGGUCCAGCCCCAGGCACAUCUCGCCCCAGACUCUCCCGCCCCGGCCCAGACCCCACCGCUGCACGCCCUGCCGGAACUGAGCCCCAGCCCCCUCCCCCACCCUGCCAUGGGAAGGGCGCCCGUGGACUUCAUCAACAUCAGCACCGACAUGAACCCUGAGGUGGAUGCCCUGGACCCCAGCAUCAUGGACUUCGCUCUGCAGGGGAACCUCUGGGAGGAGAUGAAGGAUGGGGGCUUCAGCCUGGACACACUGGGGGCCUUCGGAGACUCCCCCCUCGGCUGUGAGCUGGGGGUCUCAGGCCUGACCCCUGUCUCCGGCGGCAGCGACCAGUCCUUCCCAGACCUGCAGGUGACGGGCCUGUAUGCUGCGUACUCGACCCCAGACAGCGUGGCCGCGUCGGCCACAACCUCGUCCUCCCAGUACCUGGGCAGCCCAGGGAACAAGCCCAUCGCCCUGCUUUGAGGUGACGCCUCACCUGCCCCGGCACCCGGAACCCCGGGCUUGGGGUUCCUGGACGCAAGGCCUCUUACGUCUCCGUCGGCACCCCGGGCCCCCUCGCACCUCCGCAGGAGGCCUUUGGGGCCACCUCGAGUCAGAAGGGCAGAGGACAACGGACGGGCAUUGCAGCCUCCCUGACCUCCUGACACCUGAGAACGAGAUUUCUCCAGCCUGCAUCCCCGCUGGGCUCCCAAAACGACCCGCAGUCCCCUCUGGGGUGGGACCGCCAUGGAAACACCCCGGCAGGGAGGCCCUUUAAUUUAUUCUUCUGGGAUUAAGCCUCCACCUCAGCCUCCAGAGGACAGGCCUUGAGGCCAGGAGCAGAGCUGGGAGACUGGCGCACCUCUCUUGGACCGGACCGGGCUGAACUCCGGAAUGGGUGCCCGGCCCUCCCCUCCAGGCUCCCCACUCCCGGAGUCUGUUAGAGUUUCACACAACAGGUCCCGGGCCCAUGCGGGGCACCGUGUCCCUGUGUACAUUUAUUUAUAUUUAUUGGAGCCCAUCCACACCACCUCUCAGAACCCAGCCCCUG